AUGCAAGGUAGAGUUACGAAGAGAAAAAAGAGCAAAUCAAUCCUCAGUAGUUUAAAAAAAGUGCUGUGGGGCAGCGCUCACUCUAUUCGCACUCCAAGGUUAGCGGUAGUUCCAUGUCGGUCGCAACCGUUGGCUAAACUGCGCCGCUUCGAACGCAGGCUGCACCAGGCUUCGGUCAGUUUUGACCCAACCACGUUCACAUCUGCCAUAAUUUGA